GUUGUGUAACGUGCACGUGAAGCAGUAUGAAAAUCAAUCGGUUUUCUUCGACCAAGCAGACGAUAUGGCUUUAUGUCGCAGGUCCAUCUUUAGGAGUGAUCGCACUAAUCACGUUAGGUUUAAUAACUUGGAAAUUACGUAAAAAAAUCAAGAACUGCUGUAAGGGGUCACCAAAAGAAGAAUCGACCGAAAUAUCAUCUACACGUUCUGUUGUUGUUGAAGUUAAUGAUGACAUACGGAAUAAAGGACCUCAACCAAAAAUGCUAGAAAACCUUGGAAACACAUGUUACAUGAACGCUAUACUCCAGACUUUAGCUUGGUGCCCUUACCUGGAAAAUGAGCUUGAAAAGUUAGAAUUGAACGAAAAAUGUGAAAUGACAAACAGUAUUUUGCGGCUUUUGAAGUACACGCAUUCUGAAGAACCAAAACAGUUCGAUCCUAAUGAAGUGCUUCAUAUUGCUAGGGAAAAAAACAACAGAUUUGAAGGGAAUAACCAACAGGACUGUUUUGAGAUGUACAAUACAAUUAUUGAGACUAUGACGAAUGAAAUUAGGGCGUUACAAGAGGUAAAUUGUCAUCAGGAAUUGUCCUAA